AUGGAUGGCGAAGGCGUCGCAAGUCGCUACCAGGUGCUGGAAGAACUUGGGCGUGGCAGCUUUGGUGUCGUGUACAAGGGCAUCGACAAGGCGACGGGGGAGACAGUCGCCAUCAAGCACAUCGAUCUCGAAUCAAGCGAGGACGAUAUCCAAGAAAUCCAACAGGAGAUCUCGGUGCUCAGCACAUGCGCCAGCAGCUAUGUCACGCAGUACAAGGCCAGCUUCUUGCGCGGACACAAGUUGUGGAUCGUCAUGGAGUACCUGGGCGGCGGAUCCUGCCUCGAUCUGCUGAAAUCAGGUGUCUUCAACGAGGUCCAAAUCGCCAUCAUCUGCCGGGAGCUGUUGUUUGGCCUCGAAUACCUGCACUCGGAAGGAAAGAUUCACCGCGACAUCAAGGCCGCGAAUGUGCUCUUGUCCGAGACAGGCAAGGUCAAACUGGCAGACUUCGGCGUCGCUGCACAGUUGACCUACAUGAAGUCGCAACGGAACACAUUUGUCGGCACGCCUUUCUGGAUGGCCCCGGAAGUGAUCCAGCAGGCGGGCUACGACUUCAAAGCCGACAUCUGGUCGCUUGGUAUCUCGGCCAUCGAACUGGCCAUGGGCGAACCUCCACAUGCUAGCCUCCAUCCCAUGAAGGUUCUCUUCCACAUCCCAAAGAACCCGCCUCCCAGGCUGGAGGGGAAAUUCAGCAAGGAGUUCAAGGACUUUGUCACCCAAUGCCUGGUCAAGGACCCUGACCUCCGACCGACCGCAAAGGAGCUUUUGAAACAUCGCUUCAUUCGCUCAGCCGGGAAAGUGGAAGCCCUGCAGGAGUUGAUACAGCGAAAACGAAAUGCCGACGCCAGGGCGGACCAACUCAAACACCCGGUCUACUACCAGGAGACCCUACACACCAUCUCUCCCAAGGACGAGGCCGACGAGUGGGUGUUCGAUACGGUUAAAUCAAUCGUGCCGAGGAGAGGGACUGUUCGGUCCAGGAAACCGUCGUCUGUUUUUCCGGUUGAGGACGCAAUGCGUAAGUUGGAUCUCAAGGACGGGCCCCUCCAGCCUAAUACGCCGGGGACGGUGCGGAAAGCGACAGGUCGGCGGCAGCCAUCGACCGCCUCUCGCCGGAGCUCGCGCCAGAACUCGAUCCGCCGUCACGUCUCCAACGGUUCCCCUCGCCCAUCGCUUGGCCCGAAGCGCCCUCUUCAACCCGACAUGUCGUUUGGCAACUCCGGAUCCACCAUGCGUCUCUUCCGUCGCGUGCCGUCCGAUGGCUUUAACUCGGGCCUCCUGGGCUCUUCUCCGCCCGAGUUUGCCAACGAGAACCACGCGCCGCCAGCAUACCACUCCCCGGUUGAACCGAACAGUAAAGAAGCCAUGCUGGGCCGCCGACUCUACAACAAAGCGCUCGAGCCGUGUCUCGACGAGCUCCACGCGCAAACAGCCGCCUCCUCCAAGCGAGAUGCCCUUGCAAGACUAUCCGACGCCUUCGCCUACCUCGAUGCAGUCGACCCGGAAGGUGCAUACCACCUCCUCCGCAACCUCGUCUCGACCAUCUCCCAGGACACCAAACUGAACAACACCUUCCUCCCGCAGCAGCACCAGCCCAGCACGAAGAGCAACAACAACGAUAACUCCGAGCCGUCAUCUAAACCACCCAACGACGGCACCACCCAGGGAACAGUCCUGAUCAAAGGAUCCCGACCCUCCACCGCCACCACCCUCGCAUGCACCCCGCCAACAUCCACCUCGUCAAGCCCCACCAAGCUCAUCCUCAGUCAGGAGAAUCCCCACCUGAUGAGCCAUCACCGCAGGCGAGGGAGCAUGCUCCCGCAGCCUGUCUCCCUUGACGGCAGGGGUUCGCCUGACAAGGACCGGGAACGGGAUAGGGAUAGAGCAGAGAAGGAUAGAGAAAGGGAAAAAAUGGCGGCGCUCGAGGCAAAGUUCCCCGGCCGGCCGGCCGUGCCGGGCAUGGAGCACUGCAAGGCGCUGUCGGAUCUGUUGUAUGCGCGCUGGACUGACGGGUUGAGAGCCCGGUGGGCGGUUUUGGCUGGCGCUUGA